GGCGUAUAAAACCAUAGAGGACAAUGACCUGAAGUUUCCUCUGAUCUACGGCGAGGGGAAGAAGGCUCGUGUGCUGGCAACCAUCGGGGUCACGAGAGGCCUUGGAGACCACAACCUGAAAGUGCACGACUCCAACAUUUACAUUAAGCCUUUCCUGUCCUGCUGCCCAGAGGUCAAAGUUUACCCCUUAUCGCAGCAUGAGCACGGAGCAGAUGAUGUUCUGGUUCUGGGAACUGAUGGUCUGUGGGACGUCCUCUCAAACCAGGAAGUCGCUGAAGCGGUCAGUGGUUUCCUGGCAAACUGUGACCCAGACGACCACCACAGGUACACAAUGGCAGCUCAGGACCUCGUCAUGAAAGCCCGAGGGGUGCUGAAGGAUCGAGGCUGGAGAAUAUCCAAUGACAGAUUAGGCUCCGGAGAUGACAUCUCUGUCUACAUUAUCCCCCUCAUUGUUUAAUGUGUACAACAAACAAGCAAAGCAAAACAAAAUGUCCUUGGACACAUUCACUGGAUCCCAUGAUGGCGACAAAUAGACACAGGAAAUGCAUCAGAAACAUCCAGUGAUCUGACUCUGCAGCAAAACUGUCAGCAAUAAUUUUUUGUUAAAGGUCUUUCAGAUUUGAUCUGCUGCUUUGUUGUAAUUAAACUUAUUUUUACUUCUGCAUUCAAAUGUUUUGUUUAUUUAAAAAAAACUAAAGAAGUGCUGGAAUUCCAGGCUUUGAUUCCAGCAGAUGCACAGUAGAGAGAAAAAAGGACCCUCAUUGCUCUGACAAACUGCUUCAAGGGAGUCUCAAAGCAACGUGUGAAUGAAGGGUAUUAAGUUACAGAAUGCCUUGAAAGGAUGAAUAAAGAUUUCAUGCUGGAA